CCCGCAUCGGAUACUACGAGAUCGAGCGGACCAUCGGCAAGGGCAACUUCGCCGUGGUGAAGCUGGCGACCCACCUGGUGACCCGGGCCAAGUGACAGAAAAUUGCAGCCUUUGCUAUGCCAAAGCAGAAAGGGUAGCAGCAGUUGGGACCAGGAGACUUCACACACCACCCUGAGUGAAGAAUGUGGUACAGUAGAACCUCAUCGUGACAAACUGACCAGUCAACCACACACCUCAUUUUAACCAGAAGUACACAAUCAGGCAGCAGCAGAGACAAAGAAAAGUGAAUACAGUACAGUACUGUGGUUGCUAUAAAGAUCAUUGACAAGACACAGCUGGAUGAAGAGAACCUCAAGAAGAUUUUUAGAGAAGUUCAGAUUAUGAAGAUGCUCUGCCACCCACAUAUCAUCAGAUUAUAUCAGGUUAUGGAGACGGAGAGGAUGAUUUAUCUGGUGACAGAGUAUGCUAGCGGAGGGGAGAUAUUUGAUCACCUGGUAGCCCAUGGACGGAUGGCCGAGAAAGAAGCUCGGAGAAAGUUCAAGCAGAUUGUAGCUGCUGUCCACUUCUGUCACUGUUGUAACAUAGUUCACAGAGACCUGAAGGCAGAGAAUCUGCUGCUGGAUGCUAACCUUAACAUCAAAAUAGCAGAUUUUGGGUUCAGUAACAUCUUCACACCUGGCCAGCUGCUUAAAACCUGGUGUGGGAGUCCCCCCUACGCGGCUCCCGAGCUCUUUGAAGGGAAGGAAUAUGACGGGCCGAAGGUUGACAUUUGGAGUCUUGGUGUGGUCCUGUAUGUGCUGGUCUGUGGUGCUCUGCCCUUCGAUGGGAGUACUCUGCAGAAUCUGCGGGCAAGGGUGCUUAGUGGGAAAUUUCGCAUUCCAUUUUUUAUGUCCACAGAAUGUGAGCACUUGAUCCGCCACAUGCUGGUGCUGGACCCAAGUAAACGGCUGUCGAUGGAACAGAUUUGCAAACACAAGUGGAUGAAGCUUGGGGAAGCUGAUGCAGAGUUUGACAGGUUAAUAGCUGAAUGUCAGCACCUGAAGAUUGAAAGGCAGAUGGAACCACUGAAUGAAGACGUGCUCUUAGCAAUGGUGGAGAUGGGGCUGGACAAAGAGCGCACGCUACAGUCACUAAGGACAGAUGCCUAUGAUCACUAUAGUGCAAUCUAUAGCCUGCUCUGUGACCGAUUAAAGAGACAUAAGAAUCUGCGCAUUACAGCACCUCCCAGUGUGCCACGGACCGUGGUCUUCCCCACACCAGCUAACAUCCAGGCGGAACAGGCAGGCAACCCCAUGAGUAUCAGUGUGCCACAAGUCCAGCUCAUUAACCCUGAGAACCAGAUCAUAGAGACUGAUGGAACAAUGAACUUGGACAGUGACGAAGGGGAAGAGCCAUCCCCUGAAGCCCUGGUCCGUUAUCUCUCAAUGAGAAGGCACACUGUUGGAGUUGCAGACCCACGCACGGAAGUCAUGGAAGAUCUCCAGAAGCUCCUGCCAGGCUUCCCUCGUGUCACUCCCCAGGCUCCAUUCCUGCAGGUGACUCCAAACAUGAACUUCAUGCCCAAUAUGCUGCCUAUGCAGAACCUGCAGCCGACUGGCCAGCUGGAGUACAAGGAGCAGUCCUUGCUGCAGCCCCCCACUCUGCAGUUGUUGAAUGGAAUGGGCCCUCUGGGGCGGCGGGCUUCAGACGGUGGAGCCAAUAUCCAGCUGCACGCACAACAACUGCUGAAGCGACCACGAGGCCCUUCCCCGCUUGUCACUAUGACGCCAGCAGUGCCAGCAGUUACCCCCGUGGAUGAGGAGAGCUCCGAUGGGGAGCCGGAUCAGGAAGCUGUGCAGAGAUACUUGGCAAAUAGGUCAAAAAGGCACACUCUGGCAAUGACCAACCCUACAGCUGAAAUCCCUCCAGACUUGCAGAGGCAGCUAGGACAGCAGUCUUUUCGAUCCCGGGCUUGGGCUCCACACCUGGUACCCGAUCAGCACCGCUCUGUUUACAAGGACUCAAACACUCUUCACCUCCCCACUGAGCGCUUCUCCCCGGUUCGUCGCUUCUCGGACGGUGCUGCCAGCAUCCAGGCAUUCAAAGCCCACCUGGAGAAAAUGGGCAAUAACAGCAGCAUCAAACAGCUCCAGCAGGAGUGUGAGCAACUACAGAAGAUGUACGGUGGGCAUAUGGACGAGAGAACUCUGGAGAAGACACAGCAGCAGCACAUGUUGUACCAGCAGGAGCAGCAUCAUCAAAUUCUCCAUCAGCAGAUUCAGGAUUGUAUUCGCCCACCUCAGCCAUCUCCACCCUUGCAAGCUCCAUGUGAAAACCAGCCAGCUCUACUUACCCACCAGCUGCAGAGGUUACGGAUUCAGCCAUCUAGUCCACCCCCAAACCACCCUAAUAAUCAUCUCUUCAGGCAGCCAAAUAGCAGCCCCCCUCCUGUGAAUAGCAGCAUGCUACAGACUCAUGGUGCAGUCUCUCAGUCCCAGUUCCAAGGGCUGCCGUCCCACAGUGCAAUCUUCCAGCAGUCUGGUAACUGUUCCCCUCCCCCGAACGUGGCACUGACAUGCAUGGGCAUGGCGCAGCAACCACAGCCGCAGCCGGUCACCAUCCAAGUGCAAGAUACCGGAGAUAUGCUCAGCAACAACCUUCUGCAAGGGGCAGCUGUGGCAGGUCAGGGCCUGUCCCCUCACCCCCGAGGCAUGUCUAUCAACCCGAGUGCCAAUCAGAUCCAAAUGCAGCAUCGAGCUAACCUGAUGGCCUCUCUCACGUACGGUCACAGGCCACUGUCCAAGCAGCUGAGUGCUGAUAGUGCAGAGUCGCACAGCUUGAACAUGACCAGGUAUCCCCCUGCUAACUAUGACCAGGUGCAUUUACAUCCCCACCUGUUCUCAGAUCAGGCCCGUGCAUCCCCCAGCAACUACAGCCCAUCAGCAGGGGUGGGAUUCCCCACAGCGCAGCAAGCCCUGAAGGUUCCUCAACUUGACCAGUUCCCCAGCUUCCCUCAAAGCACACAUCAGCAGCAGCCACAGCACUACACGGCAUCGGCACUACAGCAGGCACUGCUGUCCCCAACUCCGCCAGAUUACAGCCGACACCAGCAGGUACCGCAUAUCCUCCAGGGACUGCUUUCCCCCCGGCACUCACUCACAGGGCACACGGACAUGCGACUGCCCCCAGCAGAAUUUGCACAGCUCAUCAAACGGCGGCAGCAGCAGCAGCAAGAAUUUCAAGAGUUGUUCAGGCAUAUGAGCCAAGGAGAUGCUGGGAAUAUGGGCCCCAGCAUGGGACAGAACCUAUCAGAGCGUCAGUCGUUGUCUGUGCCUUAUCAGAAUGCUGACACGUACCAUCACAACAGCCCCCAACAUCUCUUAAAAAUCAGGGCACAAGAAUGUAUCCAGCAGGUAUCUGCAGCAGUGGCGCCGCAUGGGUAUGUACACCAGCCAGCUCUGAUCCAUUCGGAGAGCAUGGAGGAGGACUGUGCAUGUGAGGGUGCCAGGGACAGCUUUCCGGACACUAAGAGUUCAAAUACAUUGACCAAAGGUGGCCAUGAGAACCCACUGCUUUUAAAUGCAGGAGGGCAUGGGGACCCAGAAUCUCUGCUAGGAACUGUUAAUCAGGGGCAGGAAUUGGGGACGCAUCAUUACAGACAUCAGCCAGCUACUGGAUUCAGUAGGAAUAAGGUGCCCAGCAGAGAAUCCAUUGUAGGGAACUGUAUGGACAGAAGUUCUCCAGGACAAGCUAUGGAGAUGCCCAAUCAUAAUGGAGUGGGUUAUUCUGCAAGACCAGCUUCCAUGGAACACCACAGACCCAGGACUCUGCAGAGACAUCAUACCAUACAGAACAGCGAUGAUGCCUAUGUCCAGUUGGAUAACUUGCCUGGAAUGAGUUUAAUGGCUGGAAAAGCAUUAAGCUCUGCUCGGAUGUCUGAUGCAGUACUCAGCCAGUCAUCACUCAUGGCCAGCCAGCAGCUACAUGCCAGGGAGAGUGAGGGUAAGGACUUGCCUGCGGCUGACAAGGCAUCUUGCAGAGACUGUGGGGAAAGUUUGGAAGGUCAAGAGCACCCAAAUCUAGCUGAUGGCAACCAGCAUUUAAACACCUCUUGUUAUCCAUCUACGUGUAUUACAGACGUCCUCCUGAGCUACAAGCACCCGGAGGUGCCCUUUGGGAUGGAGCAGGCUGGGGUGUAGCAGGAGGAGGGAGUUUUGUAUACAGCUUUGAAAUGAAAAGGUCCAUUUUAAACCAACAGUAUCUAGCAGCAUUGCGCCAAAUUGCCAUAGUAUUUCUCACUGAAAUAUCAUGGCUCCUUUCCUCAUAAUCAGUUCCUCAGUGUGUCGUUCCUUUGGUUUCUUUCGUUUGUCAUAUUUGCCUGUAACUCCAGCUAUCGUAGAGCUAACGUGAGUCCUACACCCUGUGUGAAAGGAUUGAUGGAACUGGAGUUUUGCAUUUGGUUUGGAGGGGGGUUUAAAUGCGAAGGGCCAGGUAACCACGGAUGGUGCAGACUCAAAUGUUCUCCCCUUCAUCCAAGCCCGCUCUUAAGACAUGUCCAACAUGAUCUUUUUCUGGGGACAAGGAGGAGAGCAUGGGACAGAUGCCUUCCUGGAGCCUGGCUGUAUAGGGGAAGCAAGGGGCAGGGAGGGAGUUGGAAGCUCUGUCCUUUGGCAAGCAAUAAGCAGAGCUCCUGAAAACCAAGUCCAAACUCAGUCGUUUUCCCAGGGUUCCCGCGCACACCACAUCCCACAAGCCCAGCCCCAAGGGCGGAAGAAGGCCAUGCUGUAGUUUUAUUUCCAUAUCCUUUGCAUCCGAACUGAUAGUAGGGCCAAGAGCUACUCUGGGGCAAGAGCAUCUGUCUCCCUUACCACAGUGGUGGCCUGUCCAACCCACCCCCAGCCAGCCUGCAGAGCAGAUUACAUCCCCCACCCCACUGGUUCUUCCAAGGGAUGGUUCGAACACCCAGCAGUGGUGCAAUACUCUUUGUCUCGCUCAGCUUCGUCUGCUUUUCUGUCACUUUUUUUUGGUCAUUGUGCUAAAAGGAUCAUUUCCCCCCUCCUUUUUAAUACCUUUUCCUUCCAAACCUACCUACGACCUUUUUUUUUUCUUCCCCAGCUCCCAGUUUAAAGUAAAGAAGACCUGUUGUUUCUUUGUUUUUCUAGCUUUUCCUCCUGAUCAUGUAGGAAUUGUUUUAUGGUAAAUGUUGUUGUUUUUAUUAUUAUUAUAAUUAUUAUUAUUAUUAUUAAUAAAAGACAAAAGGAAUUUCUGUUUGAGAGAAAUUUUUAACUAGAUUCUGCUCUAUUUGAAUUGUGACUUGCACCUUUUGUUCAAAGUAUUUUAUUUCUUUUUAAUGACAUUGUAAUUGUGACUGGUUUUUUCUCUUGUGCCAGUGGCAGAAGUGGUGUUCUCCUUUAUACAAAUUCAGAUGUGCAUAGAUCUCUUCUUUCUCAUUCAUUUGAGUUUCUUUCCUUGACUGAUAGAAACCAAUCCCCCCUCCAGUGGUUGGGGCUAAGGGAGUCUUUUGUGUCAUCAUUGCCUUUGGAACUUUAAAAGCUACAACUGAAAAUUCCUAUUACUGACACUUUUUUGGAAUUUUUUUUAAAUAAAGGAAAAAUCAAUCCAGCCCUCUGAAUUUGCACAGAAGGAAGUGUGAGACCAGCAUGGCAAAGGUUAAUUUGCUAUCAGCAUCUCUUCCCCAAAGCAAUUGUCAUAAAUGGACCUGCAAUGAGGAGGGGAGGGGAGGGGAGAGAAGAAAUCCGCAACUGACAAACGUACCUCCCAGCUCAAUGUUUCUAGAAAGCCUAAUGUCACUGUGGUUUGAUUGGUGUGUAGUUGUCAAGUUACAUUUUCUUUAACAUGUAAACUAGACGGUGUGUGUUGGGGUGGGGGUGGGGGACCCAGACAGGGCUUGCCGGAUCAGUGAAAAGGUACCAAGAAACUCUGAAAGGCUUUUUGACAUUGCGCUAUAUCUUUGAUUUGUUUUCCUUUUGUUUACAUGACAUUGUAUUUCUGGGAGAGUUGACAGCUGCCCUACAGUAGCCAUCCAAAAGAAAAGCAGGGACUUGCUUAACCGUGCCAUUUCGCAGUAUCACACUUUUUUAUCAUGGCUUUGUAUUGUAGUAAUCAAUACGCGCAGUAUAUGUUGAAUGUAUAUUAAUAUACUUUGCUAUUAUUUCUGUUUUUUGGAAAUGUCCGAAGUAUUUUUUUCUUCCUUGUUUAUGCUGGACUAAAAACAAACAACUUUCAGUAAAUCUUUAGUCCAUUUUUUGUGGGUCACUUGCAACUAGUAACUUAGUUGGACAGUGGGAUCAUGAUAAAUAAAAUCAUAAUUACGAUCUUAUGA